AAAAGGCCUUUCGGAAAAUUAGAUGAAGAAUAGACUAACGUGAAGAGUCUCAAACGGCGGAAUAAUCGCGCUAUGGGUAAACUAUCACUCUCUCUCUCUCUCUGGUUUUUGGGUUUGAUUUGGUCCUUUGGAUGAUGCUUGUGUGUGUGUGUGAUCCGAGGAGAAUCAAAUGAAAACAGAGUUGUUCAAGAACUCGUCAAAGCAGAGUUUAUCACUUCAGAAUCGCGGGCAUUCUUCGACUGCUCAUCCCACUCCUCUCGCCGGCAAAGGCAAACAGAUUGUACAGGGUCGUGGAGAAGUGUUUACACACUUUAUAUCAUUUCCAUUAGCCAUAUACCCCGAGCUGAAGAAAAAAGUUGAUGCUUUUCGGAAUUCUAUACUGGGUAACAAUAAUGAUAAUAAGCAGCGUACUUUAGCUGAAAAGGGAAUCGAAGAAUCGAUGUUUGUUUCGCCAAAUACUUUCCAUUUGACUGUGGUUAUGUUAAAGUUAGAGAACGAGAAAGAUGUGGAUGCAGCACUUGCUAUCCUUAAGGAUAAGAGUUUUUCUGCAAGUGUGAUGCAUGCUUUGGAUAACCGACCUGUCUUCGUAAGACUUAAAGGAUUGGAGUCUAUGAAUGGAUCUUUAGACAAAACACGUGUUCUCUAUGCUCCUGUUGAAGAAGUUGGGGAUGAAGGCCGGCUACUAAGAGCUUGUCAUGUUAUCAUCGAUGCUUUUGUGAAUGCUAAAUUUGCUGCGGAAAAUGCAAAGUCACGCUUGAAGCUACAUGCCACGAUGAUGAAUGCAAGCUACAGAAGAGAUAAAAGCAAAGGGAUGACUUUUGAUGCACGAGAGAUACACAAAGAGUUUGGGGAAAUAAAUUGGGGAGAAUAUCUAAUCAGAGAAGCUCAGCUGUCAAAACGAUCUUGGUAUGACUCGAGCGGCUACUACCAUUGUUGUGGUUCACUACCUUUUCCACUUGAGUGACAUUCAAAAGGAUCAAUAUUUACUCCACAAGUUUUUUUUGUGGUAUUGAUUUCAAUAUGUAAUGUGUGUGUGUAAUCACAAGUAAGUGGUAACUGGUGUGGCUUUUGACAUUAUAGUGUGGUAAUUUACGCAUUAUGUAAUAUGGUUUGCUAAGUAAACAAAAAAACGUUGAGAUCUUACCGAUUGAUCUUUUCU